CAGGCAGCAGGCCGGUCAGACGUGCAGUCAGCCAGCCCCGCAGUCAGCGCUCUGCCGGCAUGUUGCCACGAGCGAGUUGGUGUUUGGACGCCGUGCGAGUAAUCGAAGCGUCCUGAGCAGCCCUGCCCAGAGCAGCCCGAGCCCGGAGCAAAGCCGCGGACCGGAAGGGAAGGACGACGACAAGCACAGCGCAGCUCCGCGGCCGACACAGCGCGAGGCGAGCCACAAGAUGACGGCCCUGGUGCCCGUCGCGUUCUCAGGGCUGGUGGUGGCGCUGCUGACGCUGCUGGCGGCCUGCGGGGCGCAGGGCCAGGCGGCCCAGCCGUACCCGACCUACGCCCAGAUCGCGUCGGGGGCGGCCAAGGCGCCCAAGCCCGGCGCGCGCCCCGUGCAGCCGUACUACGGGGGCGCGAGCUACUACGAGCCCAGCCCGAGCAAUGCACCGGCCCCGCUCGCAAGUCCGGCGCAGGUCGCACAGGCCGCCACGCGGUUCUCCCUGGACGUCGCCAAGGGUGUGCUGCGGAGCUCUGAAGGCAACGCCGUCGUCUCGCCGCUCGGUGUCGCCCACAUGCUGUCGCUGCUGCAGCAGGCCGCCGACCCUCUCGGCCCCGCGGCCGCACAGCUCGAAGCUGGCCUCCAUCUCGACAAGGAGUCCUCGCGACGUGGGGUGCCCAGCCUGCUGCAGAACGCCAUCACGAAAAGCAAAGCCAAGUCCGUCCUGGAGAACGGCAACAACAUGUUCCUCAGCACAGAGUGGAAGCUCAAGGACGGCUUCCAGAGGACGGCGCAGGCCGACUACCACAUGAACGUCACGUCCGUGGACUUCAAGCAGCCGGACGCGGCCGUGGCCGCCAUCAACAGCUGGGCCUCGGACGCGACUCACGGCCGCAUCCCCGCCCUCGUCAACAAAAGGUCGCUGUCGCCAAGGACGAGCCUGGUGCUCGCCUCCGCCAUGUACUUCCGCGGCGUGUGGCUGCGCAAGUUCGACGUCGGCAAGUCCAAGCAGGACGUGUUCUCGGUCAACGCGAGCCGCAACGUGACCACCUUCUUGAUGCAGCAGGUGGCCGACUUCCGCCUGGGCGAGCUGUCCGACCUGAAGGCGCAGUGGCUGGAGCUUCCCUUCGACGGUGAUCACUUUUCCAUGCUGCUGGUGUUGCCCUAUGAGCGCAACGGCCUGAACGCCGUCCUCCAGGGACUGGACUCCCGCCACAUCCUCGACAUGUUGGCCGACACCCCGGCCCGGAGGGCCAUUGUCUCCAUCCCCCGCUUCCACAUCGGCACCAACGCCGACCUCACCCCCGUCCUCAAGCACUUGGGAAUGUCAGCCCUGUUCGGCCGCGACGCGAAGCUGAGAGGCGCCUCAGACAACCCCCUGUCCGUGUCCGACGUGCUGCACAAAGCCGAGAUGAAGGUGGAUGAGGAGGGCGCCACAGCGUCCGCGGCUUCAGCCGUGCUGGUCAACACCCUCAGCCUCUUGCCGUUCUCGGAUGACAUGAAGUUCAAGGCGGACCACCCGUUCCUCGCCAUCAUCGUGGACCGCACCAGCAAGGUGCCCCUGUUCGUGGGACGCGUCACUGAGCCUAUCACAGACUUUUAAACAGACCGAGCCGGAUUAGUUUUAGGUAUUAAUUUAAUUAAAAUAAUGAUCCGUACUUUAGAAAGACAGCCAUUUGGUGAACUCUGUGAUGUGUGACCCGCGCCACCGACGCGCGAGUGUCACUCCCUUAGUGGACGUUUAGGGUAAGUUUGGAAUGCCCGUCUUCCACUACAUGACGGCUUUAUUUUUACAUUACAUGCGUGUGGCGAUAAAGCGAACCUACAAAUUGUGAUACGAUUCUAUGAAAUAAAUUAAGAGAUGUAUGAAGAACAAGGCGAAA